AUGGAUUUCUUUGCGACGGGCGCAUUUCAACAGCUCUACAGCGAGCUGGAGGAGCCAGCAAUAGUCGGCGGCGACUGCUUUGACCAGGAUCUGCGGCACAGCAACAGCAGCAUCAGUGAAGAUCAGGAGUUAUUGUUUGACUUUGGCGCUACGGACACGGACUCAACUCUAGCAGAUGGUGCUGCGUCGGCUCCUCCAGAGCUGAGUGAUUGGGAGCAGCGGCUGCUAGAUCAUUUUGUGGAAAUACCUGAGCUUAUUGACAUACUGCCCGAGCGCACACCUCUCUGCACGGACAUGUGCGAUGACUUUCUGCAGGAGAGCAAUAACAAUCUGCGCCUGGCCGUGCCCAGCUCUCCAGGCUACUCCGCUUCGGCAGCAGCGCCGCCGAUUGCGUCAGCAUCAGCGCCCAUGCAGCUCAGCCAGAAUGCUGCAGGCGAGAAGGGCUACUUGUGCACAUUUGGCAGCUGUGAGAAGCUUUAUGCCAAGCCCGCCCACCUUAAAGCCCAUUUGCGCCGGCACAUGGGCGAGAAGCCGUACGCCUGCAAUUGGCCGGACUGCAGCUGGCGCUUCUCGCGCUCCGACGAGCUCGCCCGCCACCGUCGCUCCCACUCGGGCAUCAAGCCCUACAAGUGCGACUAUUGCGCAAAGUGCUUUGCUCGCUCUGAUCAUCUCACAAAGCACCGCAAGGUACACGAGCGGCGCCUGCUGGCCGCGACUCGCUCCGGCAAGCUGCUGCCCAACGGCCCCCUGCCCCAGAGCGUAUAUUCCGUGCGUCCGGGUCGCAAGCGCAAGAAUCAGCUGUGA